AAAAAAUGGAUCUAACAAUUCACCGUUUUUGUGUCGUUUUUCUUAUAUAUUUAGAGCUAAAAGGAACCAACUGCGAACAGCGGUUUUCCUUUGAGACAAGAUUCGCAGAAGUACCGGUAACCCAUUUCGAAUGGCAAAAGGAAGUCCGCACCUUCAAACUCAAGUAUUUGAUAAACACCAAGCACUACGUCAGAGGCGGCCCCUUUUUCAUCUACUUGGGCGGCAGGGGCGACAUUGACGUGUACUCCCAAAACACCGGCUUCCUCUUCGAAGUAGCCGCCACCUUUAAGGGUCUCUUGGUGUUCAUCGAACACCGGUACUACGGCCGAUCUCUCCCUUUCUCCAACGAAUCGAUGACCUUGGAAAACUUAAGGUACAUGACAACUUCGGAAGCUCUAGGAGAUUUCGUAUCGAUCAUCGACCUGCUGAAGAGAGAAACCUUCGAGAAUACGGCGUCGAUCGACAACCACCCUGUUAUAGUGUUCGGGGGCGGCUACAGCGGCGCCUUGGCGGCUUGGAUGCGCAUGAAGUACCCUUUCCUCGUGCUGGGAGCCAUAGCAUCGUCGGCGCCCAUGAUAUACGGCUCUUCGGUGAAGAAUUGCGAAUGCUUCUACGACGUGGUGACCAAGAUGUUCGAGAAGUACGGGCACGAGCAGUGCGUGAAGACCAUCAAGCUCGGUUGGGAAGUUCUCAUUAAUUUGUCGAGGAGCAAAAUAGGUUUGGACUUCAUUUCGUCUACUUGGAGGCUCUGCAAGCGAUUGUCGUCGACCGAAGACCUCGAAAUGCUGCUGGAAUGGCUGGGCGAAAUCCUCGUGAAACUAGCGUUGAACAAUUACCAUUAUCCCAGUAAUUUCUUCACGCCGCUGCCGGCCUAUCCGCUCAAAGUGUUCUGCGAAAAACUGACCACUUCGUUUUUCAACGACACCAAAAGCCUGGUGCAGUACUUCGGGCAAGCGUUGCAGGUGUACACCAAUUACUCGGGACGGGUGUCGUGCAACGAAUUCGAGGAUCAAUCGGAUUAUCUCUACAAUUACCAAAAGUGCGUGGAGCUGAUAAUGCCCAAAUGCUCCAUCGAUUCGGACAUGUUCAUCCACAGGCCGUGGAUUUACGAGAAAUUCGCGCUGGAGUGCAAAAACCGGUACGGCAUCUUCAACAACGACGCCGAUUGGAUCAAUCGUGCGUACGGGGGUAGUAGCUUGAAGUACGCCUCUAAUAUAGUCUUCAGUCACGGGGAAUUGGAUCCUUAUUCUUGUUAUGGAAUCCGCAGUAAUGUUUCUUCCACGGUGAGAGCGGUCGACAUCACCGAAGGCUCCCAUCACGUGGAUUUGAGGAACCCCGACGUGUCUGAUAACAAUUACAUCACAGAUGUCAGGAAGAGUCAUAUACAAACCAUCAAAGCGUGGUUGAGCAAGAUUUAAUUAGAUUUAUGAUUGAUUUAAUAAUUAUUUUAUAUACUCUUCAAGUGCUGUCUUCUAUGAAAAAUACCGGCAAAAUGUUUGUCAUGUUUUUCAAUUUGAUAUACUGAACAAAAUCUUUAUUAUCUUAUAUACUAUGUAAAAUAAAUAUUGAGAAUGAACCUUUUGAUGCGCAUUGUUCUUCUGGAGUUUUUUAGAUAUACAAAUUACUUCAUUAAUUUUUAACAAUUACCAUGUUAUUAACGAUUUUUUUUUUGUAUGACGAAUUAUACUUACUCUUAUUCUUACAUUGUGCAAAAAUAAAUAUU